UAAACUGUUGACUGCCCACGUUGACCUCUUGUGAGGUAGCUUUCUCUACUCUGUACUAAUAACCAGCAACAAACAUCAAAUGGGAAACCACAUCUCCUACGAAACCUCCGACUGCCACGUGGACGUGCCCGGGGCGGGUGCCAUCCGAGGCUUGCAGAACGGAAGGCAGUCCCGACGCUUCGCCGGCAUUCCAUACGCUCAACCCCCCGUCGGCGACUUGAGGUGGCGGAAGCCUCAACCGUACUCCCUCCACCAGCUCGCAGCCGCCCAACCGGGAGCGACAUACGACGCAACCGGGUUCGGCCCGGUUUGCCCCCAGGCACACUACUCCAAAGCCGUGAGCGGACAUGCCCCCAGGCACACUUACCAGGAGGACUGCCUGCGCCUCAACAUCUGGACCCCGGUGCCUGACCCCGCGGUGCCUCAUCCCAAAUGGCCAGUCGUCAUCUGGUUCCACGGGGGAUGGUUCCAAAUCGGCGACCCCAGUCAGGAGCCGGGAAUGGACCCUACCGAGUUGCUUUCCACCGGAAAGCUGAAUGCCAUCUUCAUCGCCGUGGGCUACCGCCUGAAUGUGUUUGGCUUCCUGGCGGGCGAGGCAUUGCGGGAGGAGUCGGGGGGUCAGGCAGUCGGCAAUUAUGGUCUCUGGGACCAGCGACAGGCCAUCGAAUGGGUGUAUCACCACAUUGCGGUUUUUGGGGGGGAUCCGGACAAUAUUACCCUAGCGGGACGGAGCGCAGGCGCAUAUGCAGUCCAGGCCCAAGCGUUGUACGACUUCCGGGGGCAGAUACACGAGGCAGUGCGGAACCGAUUCCGGAGACUGGUCAUGUACUCCAAUGCCAUUCCCACCCAACCCAAGACUCCGGAAGAGUGUCAACCGCAGUUCGACGAGCUGUGCCACCACUUUGACAUCCCGACUAAUCUGCCGGGGUCCGAAAAGCUGAAGCAGCUACGAGCCAUCAGUGCCAAGGACUUGUGCGACGCGAUCAUGAUCCUCCAACACCACACCUUUCGGCCCGUCACGGAUGGCGUCUUCAUCCACCCGGGGAUCUUCGACUACUAUCGCGACGGGUCUUUUGCGAAAGAGUUCCAGCGACGGGGCCUGCGGUUGUUUAUCGGGGAAGUGCGCGACGAAAAUACCCUUUAUGCCGUCACGAAUAGCCCCGAGGCCAAUCUGGCGUCGCUGAAACUGCAAGUGUCGAAUUACUAUUCCCCGGCUACGACUGACCGGUUAUUGCGCCAUUAUACCCUACCGGAUUCGCACGAUCAGCACGAGUGGCAGUCGGUGUUUGGACAGAUCAUCGCUGACGGCCAGGUCCGAGCGCCGUCAAGGUUUCUGGUCAAUAAUCUUCUGGAGCACGGAGUGAAUAUUCAAGAUGUCUGGCGGUACCUGAUCGCCCAUCGGCUAUCUUUCAUCACCGAAGACGUGGCCCCCGCGUCGUUCGGGGUGAGUCAUGCCAUGGAUCGACCGAUAUGGAACUAUUCGAUCAUGCACGGACCGAGCCCUGCGGACCGGGCCUUGAUGGACGACUGGAUCCGGGAUCUGGCGGCCUUUGUGAAUGAUGAGGAGGGCUACACAUAUGGCACGAGGACUGCGGACGAGCACAAGGUGAUGACCCCGGAUGGAAGGAUUGAGCUCCAAAAGGACCCUCGAUGGAGGGAUCUUUUGCAACUGAUGGACGUGUUUUCGGGGACAUCUGGAGGAGUAGAUAGAUGGAGAUAGAUCUGCAGCAUUAUGUGGAGAGCUUGCGCCCCUUUUGCGAUUGGGAUUUACGUAUGUCACGGGAUGGUUCCGUUCAGAUCAGCACUCGCCAGUCGCGUACGUAUAAAUCCCGCCUCGAGGGUACGAUGUGCAGGAAAAAUUCUUCUUUACUCAUCAUCUGCAAGCUCAUUUUAUCCCCCAACCAAAACCAGAAGCCUGCCAGCGAUCCUGAUCAAUACAACAAUGACAGUACUAAGUGGU